CUUUCAUGUAGGCUCCCAUUGAUCUGUUUCUUGGUUUAACAGAAAUUCUAUUUCAGAAUAUGCUCUGUACAGUUACCAAAGGUACCCCCCACUGGAAGGUUCUCAUUGAAUCAGUUUCUACUGUCAUUAUACACAUCAUCCAAUUAAUCAAAUUACCAUAAACUACACGAUAUAUAUACAUAUACAGAGAGAUUUGACUGGGAUGACACUGGGUUGCAUAGACGUGUGUAUCUUUGUUUUUUAUUUUUGAAAGGUGUAAAAUAAAUAAAGGGAUUAUUAGUAUGGAGGACGUGAGGCCCCAUGGGAACUGAAGUAUCCACCCUUGAUCGGGCCUUUUAAAGGUACAGUGUGUAGGGUUUAGUGAACUCUAGUGGUGAAGUUGCAUGCUGCAGCUGAAUACCCCUCACCCCACCCUCCUCCUCCAAACAUGGCAGAGAACCUCGGGCUUCAGUUGACAUAAAGACUGAGAAGAUGUUUAGUUUGUCCAGUCUGGGCUACUGUAAAAAAACAAAUAUGUCUGCCUCCGUAGAAAGGACCCACUUCCUGAUGUAAAUAUAAAGAACUUAAUAUAACGCUGAAAGAGAACAACAAUUCGUACAAUUUAGAUGAAACACAAUAGUGCAAACAUCUGCCAGUAGAUCCCUCUCAGCUCCAUCUUCCACACUGGACCUUUAAGUUGAAGACCCAAGGCGGAAGUGUGGUGUCGUCUCUGGGUGGACGGACGCUGGCAGCAGGAAUGGCGGCUCCGAUCAGCAGAGGAAGGAACCCGAGGACCCAGAAACUUUGCGUCUGACUGCCCCGCACGGGACUUCUCCCGCAACGAAAACACAGUGAGCGCGUCCCGCAGCGCUUCACGCACACACAACGUGAGGGUGAACGCGACGCGUGUCCCGGGGCCGGAGCGGGGGGUUGCUGGUUAGCUAAACGUUGGUGCCUGUGUGCACCCUGGUAGCCGUUAGCUCCGCUGCUAGCCAGCUGUUGGCUCCGGUGGCCCAACAAGUUCUCAAAGUGUCCGGAAACGCUCCGUAUUUCCCCCGCGAGGAGGCGAUCGGCUGCCCCUGUUAGCUGUUAGCACCGGGGGCUCCUGCAGAGAGCUGUGCCCGCGCUGUGAGCCGCAUCACCCCCGCUAACCUCCGCGCUAGCUGGCGCACCGACGCUAGCUAAGUUGGGAUCCUGAAGUCUCGCCCAUUUUCUCGGGAUCCUGCCCCGGCCAUUGGCUAAGGGGCUAAUCCACGACCGAAACUCGUCUGGGGUUUGUUUGUCUUUUCUUCCGGCUGCGAUUCGGUGCCACGAUGGAAAGUCUCACGCUGACCGACGUCGAGCAGAAGUAUUACUCGGAUCUGUUCGUCUACUGCGACACGGACAACACCAAGAAAGUGGCGUCCAACGGGAGAGUUCUUGACCUUUUCCGGGCGGCCCAGCUGCCCAGCGAGGUGGUGCUGCAGAUCACAGAGCUCUGUGGAGCCACUCGACUGGGUCACUUCGGGAGGAGCCAGUUCUACAUCGCUCUCAAGCUCAUCGCCAUCGCCCAGUCCGGGCUGCCCCUGAGGGUGGAGAGCCUCAACUCGGUCAAGGACCUGCCACUGCCCCGGUUCGUGGUGGGGAAGAACGAGGCGGAGGCGCGGCACGCGGCGCUCUAUCCAGACACCGACAGCCAGGGUCUGUACCCAGCUUCUGCCACUGCAGUAAUACCCAGGCCACCAGCAAGGGGACUCCAGAUCAAGAAAGGUCCUGCAACCUCCAUUGCACUUCCUGUCCACGAGGUUAUCCAGCCCCUGGCAACAAACAUAGAACCACAGCAGCCUGAACCGACGUCUCCAGUGGUCUCCCCUGACCAGUCCCCCCCCACUUCCCCUCACUCCUGGAGGAAACACCAGCGGCAGCACAGCGGGGGAAACGUCGACAGGCAGCAGCCGGCGGUGGUGGUGGCAGCGGCAGCUGGAGCCGUGUGGACGCAGUUCAGAGAACCACCAACGGGUCCAGUUCCCGGUGAGGGCAUGUGGCCGUCCCACUCGCCCCCUUUACCAGGUCAAGAGAGUUGGGUCAGUUUCACAGCAGACACCCCCCCAUCCAGCACAAUCCCUGGAAUGCAUCCCUCAUCAGCCCAGGAUAGCACAACGUUACGAACUGCGGCCAUGGCAGGGUCGACCAAUGAGAUGCAGCGACAGUCCAGCUGCUACGACGAUCCCUGGAAGAUCACGGACGAGCAGCGGCAGUAUUAUAUCAACCAGUUUAAAACCAUCCAGCCGGACCUCACUGGUUUCAUACCUGGUUCAGCAGCGAAAGAAUUCUUCACCAAAUCCAAACUACCGAUUUUAGAGCUGUCGCAUAUUUGGGAGCUCUCAGACUUCGACAAGGACGGAGCACUGACCCUGGACGAGUUCUGUGCCGCCUUUCACCUGGUGGUGGCCAGGAAGAACGGCUAUGACCUCCCCGAGAAGCUGCCCGAGAGCCUGAUGCCAAAGCUGAUUGACCUGGAUGACUCAGCCGAAGUCCCAGAGGCAGCAGCUGACGUGGGAUACUCGGGCUCUCCCGUGGAGGACCCCCCCAACAAGUCUCCCUCCAUGCCCUCCCUCAACCAGGCCUGGCCAGAGAUGAACCAGAGCAAUGAGCAGUGGGAGACGUUUAGCGAGCGCUCCUCCAGCUCACAAACUCUGACCCAAUUUGACUCUAACAUUGCACCAGCUGACCCUGACACAGCCAUCGUUCACCCAGUUCCCAUCCGGAUGACGCCCAGUAAGAUCCACAUGCAGGAGAUGGAGCUGAAGAGAACUGGCAGUGAUAACAAUAACCCCACAAGUCCUCUGCUCACCAACCCUCCAGAGCUGUCAGAAGAAACCAAUCUACCUGCCUCCAUGAAGUUUGCAGCCUCUAACUCUGGAGGUGAUGGGUACAGCAGCUCAGACUCCUACACCUCAGACCAGGAGCCAAUCACAAGACAAAGGUCUCAUUCGGGGACGUCUCCGGAGACUCUGAAGGUGGUGGCGGCCCCUCCUCCCCCUCCCCCCCGGCCUCACGCCUCUCACUCUCGUUCCUCGUCUCUGGACAUGAAUCGCACCUUCGCCGCCGUGACGGCUCCGGGACAACAGCAGCCCUCCACGAUAGCUUACCCCCCCGCUGUGCCUCCUCGACCGCUGCCUACACAGUCAUCAGCGCCACACACUGGUCAUCGUGGGGAUGCAGAGGGUGUACCAGCAGGGGGCGCAGGACUCACCGCCACCUCGCCCCACCAGAUUCCUCAACAGCCCAAUUUCGCCGACUUCAGUCAGUUCACGGCCUUCGCCGCCUCGGAGCAGCCGUCCAGUCUGCCGGAGGUCGACACGCACAGCGAGGCCGGACAGGUGGAAAAGGCACCAGAGGGCGCUGGUCCUUUAAGAACAGUGAAGAGUGACGGUCAAGCAGAUGAGAGAACAGCAGCUACUGUGAACUCUGCCAAAGGUGCAUCUGGUCCCUUAGCUCCGCCCCCCAAGCCCGUGCGUCGGAGGUUGAAAUCUGAAGACGAGCUCCGACCGGAGGACGAGCCGCUCGGUCCUCAGAAGUCCAACAUCAUAGCUGCUGUGCUCGCCACCCAGCCCUCCAUCCCCAGGUCUGUAGGAAAAGACAAAAAAGCGAUUCAAGCCUCAAUCAGAAGAAACAAGGAGACGAACACAGUUCUGGCGCGACUCAACAGUGAACUGCAGCAGCAGCUGAAGGACCUGCUUGAAGAGAGGAUAUCUCUGGAAGUCCAGCUGGAGCAGCUCAGACCUUUCUCUCAUCUUUAGAGGAAGAACCUGGCUGUGGUUCAUCUGAAGCAAAGCUGUGGCCCCUCGGUGUGAAUCCCUCCCUCCCUCCCUCCCUCGCUCCUUCCAUCAUCCCGGCUUUCCCUCGAGGCUCCGCCCUGCCCCAGGGUUCUCCGUUUAAAACUCUCCCACUUAUCAAUCAUCAGCCCGACGGACCGGAGGGACAGUCUCAGCCGAGCGGGCCGAGGCGACAGGGCGCACGCGGGGGGGUUUCACAAACUGGCACUUUUUCAAUCUUCUCUGAAGAGAGGCGAAGGUGAGGACGGCGGUGAACUGAGGAAAGGUUCCAGAGGAGGUGGACGAGACGCUGCACAAGCUGGCGUCUAAUUAACUCUGAAUGACUGAAGAAGAAAGGCGGAGUGUGUGUGUGUGUGUGUCACGUGUUGGUGCGACUGUUUGUGUAUUUGUGUUCCUGUUAAGGGACUUACUUGAGGCUAGCAUCAGUGUGUUUGUUUCUCUCUUGGGGUUACAGCCGCGCCGAAUUAAGAAUCUGGCAUAUUUAAAGAAAAGACCCGAGAUCAUUAUCAAUCUUAAGAAAAUAUAUUAAAUUUUUGCAGAGUUUGCAAGUGUUGAACAACUUCUUUAAUUUGUCGUCUCCCUCAUUUGGCACAAGUUCUGUCCAGCUGCCGUCAAUGAGGACAUUUAACUACUGGAAAAUCAGGACUUCAGCUCCGAAUACCAUCAAAGAUAGUUUGUUCUUGUCGACAGGAGCCUGUGUCACUGGCUCUCCGAUAUUUCAAAAACCAAAAUAAUUAAAAAAAGAUCAUAGAAACAUGCAGCAGCACAUUUGAGAGGCUGCGGGGGGAAAUGUAGAAAGUACAACAGGAGUCUACAUCUGCCAGUAAACGUAGGAAACAUUUUCCGACUGGAGUUUGCUGUGGUUCGAUUCCCCCCCCAGAGAAAAUACUACGCCCCCUAUGGACAGGACUCUUGUGUGUGUGUUUUUUUUGUGAUGCAUUUAACGGCUAAAUCAUGGUGAAGGCUUUUUUUGACUCAUCCUGUGACAUGAAUUCAGCCCUGACCCUUCUUCUUACUGCCCCCCCCCACAUCUGCCUCUGUGUGUGUGUUCGGCGACGACCUGAGGUCCCGACCGAAUCCUUCUCUCCUUCACGUUGCAGUGUUUUGGGUUCGAUGUGACUGAAUGGUUUAACUUUAAUGCCAAAUGACUGAACUGUCACUGCUCUACACUUCUACUCAGACUGUGUGUUUCAUUUAUUUCAAAGAGAUUAAAGAAAACGCAGCUUUCUCUCUCCCUUCCUUUUUGUGCCGGAGCCGUGGCUCAACAUUUCAAACACUUCGAACCCUCCUCUUCUCGCUUCCCGAGGUUGUUUUCUCCUGGUCUUUAAGAGCAGACGUUCACGUGAAGGGGUUUGAAGACCUCUUUCUUUAUCCAGCUGCUUGACUGCAGGAGGCGGCGUUCAUGAAGAAUUGUGUUGCUGAGGGAGAAGACGUUUUCCUGUGAUUUGUUUAGUUUAGUAAUUUCUACUCGGCAAACACACAGGUGUGCACAGAUUCAAACCAGUGGUGCAGAUAGAGUUUGAUAGCUGUUCUCCACCCGGGCAGUCGGCACUAUGCAAAUAAGGGCCAUUCAUCUCCACAGACCAACUCUACUUAGCUGUUUGUACUUUGAUAGUAGCAACUGUGUGGACAGUAUACUGAUUUUCUUUUGUAUCAUAGAUCUUCCAGAAACAACAUCUACUGUAUGUUUGUGAUUCAUUUUGCCUUUUAUCUUUUUGUUGACGAGCAGUCCACCUCCCCCCCCCCCCCCCCGCUCCCAGCUCCAGAGAGAAGUAAACUCAGUGUUUUAUUAUCGAGGCGAUUCUCAUGUGAAACCUGCAGGAGGAAGCUCAACUGAUGGAAGAGCAGUCGACAGACAGAGACCUGAACGACCAGACAGCACUUUGAACCCAACUCCCCUUAUUCUGUUCUUUUAUUUUGUUACAUCCCUCCUUCUCUUUCUUUCUUUCUUUUAACCUGCAUGUUGUCAUCCUUAAUUUUUUUUUGUGUCUUUCAAGUGUAUUUACAAAAAAAGAAGAUGCUUUAAGAUGAGAGACAAACUGAACCACUUGAGUUUUAUUUCGUCAGUACAACCUGGAAACUAAGGUUUUUUUUUUUGUGCCAGUAUCCUAAAAUAUCCCGUCUUAUGUGGUUAAUCUUUUUGGUUGAGCUUUAUGUGUUGGUGAAGAAUCUGUCUUCUUCUAAGGCCUUACUCCCCUCCCCCCCCCACUGGCGUUCAGGUUUCCACAGCGUCUGACUGAACUCCCUCUUCCUCGUCGUAUCAAGGCUCGCCUUCUUUUUUCUGCUGUUGAGGACGAUGGUGUACUUGGUGUGUGUGUGUCCGUGUGAGAGCGUGUGUGUCUGUGUCUGUGUGUGCGUGUGUGCGUGUGUGAUACUGGAACUAAUACCAUUUAAAACCCUAUUAAACACCUUCAUGUGGGAUCGAUUUACGUUUGCAAGCACAACAGUUCCCUCCUCAUCCCUCGAACCCCAAAGGCAAUCCAGGCAGGCAGAAGCAAUCGAUAACAAAGUCUUUGAUGGGAUUUUGAAUGCUAUUGGCUCCCAGAUCUGUGCUGUAUAUUGUAUAUGAUACACACCUUUUUUGGACUCAUGUACAUUUUCGCAUUAAUUGCUGACUAACAGCGAAAGAAUAUUCUAUUUAAUUCCUUCUCUCUUGGCUGUGGGAUCCUAGAUGUUUAACUGCAUGGAUGUACUGUAUCUCUGCAGAGUCGACUAGCAGCUGUGUGAUUUUUACACAAAAAUAAAAACGGCACAAUAUUUUAAA